AUGCUUUCAUCCUCUGUGCCUGUAGCUCCUUUUUAUGAGUCUGAAGGCCCUCCCCAGGCUCUCCCAUUAUUGACGUAUCACACAGAAAUGUUUUGUCCAAUGACAACGUUAAUCUCGAUAUCUUGGCAAGAAGAGAUUAUAUUCUUCCCUCGUAAACCCAAACUCACGGGGCGGACUCUAACUCCUUCGUGCAUGUUCACUACCACAUCUUGCGCGGUGACACCUAUCCCUUUGAGCCCGCUUACCUCCAAAGUCACCAAGGUUGUCUCAUUUUUGGCAGAGCAGAUCAGCCAGCCAUCAAUGGGUUCUUCCUUGUCGUCCAUAGCUUCCUAUGAAUACAAAAUCCCCAAACCAGAUGGUGAGGCAGGACGUCCUAGCCAUGGUGGAUACAACCUUGAAAAGGCCCUCAAGUGGGAUGCUGGCCGCUUCAAGGCGUUCAAAAGACUCAUGCCUCUCAUUGCAUGA